AUGGGCAACACGCACGACAGCGAGAUAGCCAGGAUUGAGGCCGACCACAUAGAGAACAGGUGGAAAACUACCGAGGAUUACAUGUGGGGUUAUACCGGGGACAGAGGUGAGAUGGUUAUGAAAAUGAGGGGGAUGAUGUGGGGUGAGAUUGUGAUGAAAAUGAGGGUGAUGAUGUGGGGUGAGAUUGUGAUGAAAAUGAGGGUGAUGAUGUGGGGUGAGAUUGUGAUGAAAAUGAGGGUGAUGAUCUUGGAUAUUGACGCCAACCUCUUGAACUUGCACACUGCACUAUUCCAUACUUCUGCUACGCAAUGUUACGUAACUACUCUGCAUUGCUACAUAUUAACAUAUAACUCUAUAUAA